AUGACUCCGGUCCUCAGGUGCAGAAGACGCAGUCCCCCAGGGUUCAGAAGACUCGGUCCUCAGGGUUCAGAAGACCUCGGUCCACCCAGGGUUCAGAAGACUCGGUCCCAGGUUCAGAAGACCGGCCCUCAUGGUCCAGAGGACUCGGUCCUCAGGUUCAGAAGGACUCGUAUUCCUCAGGGUUCAGAAGACUCGGAUCCCCCCAGGUUCAGAAACUCGGUCUUCUGGGUUCAGAAGACCUCUUUCCCCCAGGGUUCAGAAGACUCGUUCCUUCAGGGUUCAGAAGACUCGGUCCUCAGGGUUCAUAAGACUCGGUUCUCAGGUUCAGAAGGCUCGGUCCUCAGGUUUCAGAAGGCUCGGCCCUCAGGUUUAGAAGACUCGGUCCUCAGGGUUCAGAAGACACGGUCCUCAGGUUCAGAAAACUCGGUCCCCCCCCCCCCUCAUGGGUUCAGAAGACUCGUCCUUCAGGUUCAGAGACUCGGCCCACCAGGGUUCAGCAAGACUCGGUCCUCAGGGGGUUUCAGAAGACGCGGUCCCUCAGGUUUCAGAAGACUCGUCCCUCCUGGUUCAGAUAAUCGUCCUCAGAAGGACCGUUUCCAGGGUUCAGAAGGCUCGGUCCUCAGGGUUCAUAAGGCUCGGUCCUCACGGUUCAGAAGACUCGGUCCUCAGGUUCAGAAGACUCAGCUCCUGCAGGGUUCAGAAGACUCGUCCGCAGGGUUCAGAAGCUCGGUCCUCACCGGUUCAGAAGACUCGGUCCUCAGGGUCAGAAGACAUCGGUCCUCAGUUUAG